AUGUGCGGCAGCGAUAUCUUCUUGGGCUUCCUGGCCAUCCUUUUCCCGCCCAUCGCUGUAUGGGUCAAGCGCGGUAUCUGCUCGGCAGACUCUCUCAUCAACAUCGCCCUCUGCUGCUUGGGCUUCUUCCCUGGUCUCCUCCACGCCUGGUACAUCAUUUCGCGCUACCCCGACCCCACGUAUGAGCAGGUCGACCAAGAACCCGAAGGUGGCCGUGUGACAUACUACUACGUCCAGCAAAGUCACCGCCCUUCAGUCAGCAGCUCGAGGGGUCCCGGAUACGGCACCAUCAGCGGCGCCCCUAGCAACCAGCCCGAGGGUUCGCAACCCCAGCAGUACCGUCAGGACCAGCAGAUGCCUUCUGCCUCGAAGAGAGAUGAUGCCGCGAACCCUCCCACAUAUGCCGAGGCUGUCAAGGGAAACAACAAGGUCCAGUCACACGACUAG